AUUUCACCGAGACACAAGUUGCGAGUCUUUCCCACUUGGCCCGCUUUCUUUGCCGUAGAAAGUUUAGUGACUUUAAAGAAGGGCUUUGGGAGAAAAUGUGGAGCGCAUGCGCCAUCUAGAAGUUUUCCCCCGCGCAUCAGUGCUCGGGUUUGCUAGUUAGAGAGAGGAGGCGACGAGGCAGGUGACAGAAGGAGAAGGAGUUGCUCUUCAACACACACACACACUAUCGGGCGGGGGUUAUCUCCACGAGCGUACCUUCUCCAAGCGAGUUCUCCAUCUCUCACACAGUACUGCUGUUUGGAGUUUUCUUCCAGUGACGAGUUUGGAGUGGACCUGCGGCAAUUCGUGUCUUCCACCACUCAAUGUUGGAUGUGUUGAACGCACUUUUUGCUGGUAAAGUUUUUGUUACAGAGUAAAUCAACGGAGGAGUUCAGGAGAGAGCGGCGUAGUUCUGUGCAGAAUGGAGGAUGAAAUAACGGCCUCAGGUUUGUGGCGAGGAACCCUGCAGUGUGGAUGUUACCACAGGUAGAACACGCUCUGAGUUCAAGGUGUCACCGCUGUAGGAUCAUCUCUUCUCACCUAUCACCAGUUCAUGUGUUUAUCUGCGCUUUACACAUUAGUGCCAGCCCGUCGGAACCUCUACAAAGCCUUCGGAACCUCUACAAAUCUGCAAGGAAACUUGGAAGGAUAAAGCUACCGCUCUCAAUCCUCCCAACCAUCAAAAGAGCGUUGGCAACAGUUUAUUAUAGCUGACGUUUCUGGCCACGGGCACUUGCUAGUUAGUUUCUUGUGAAUGUUUUAUUUGUCAUUAAGUGUUUCCGCGGAUUCACGCCCACGUUUGUUAAAGGCUCUAAUUAUUCAUAGUGCUGCUGGACAUUGUAAAUAACCCCCGUCGUCUCUGCAAGAGCUCUCCUCUCCGCUGUCCCGCUCUCACGGAGCGCAUUCGUGGAUAACGGAUCGCCUAUGCCAGUCUUCCGACACUGAGCCGCAGGACUACCACGGUUACUGCCACCCUCCUCCGUUACACACCGGACACUGUCCCGUACAACCCCGAUUUUGCACUAACUGCUUUGGAUAGAAACCGAUCUGAGCCAACGGUAUAAGUAAAAGGAGUCUCUCGAGCCCACUACGGCCUUGGCACUGGGAUUAUUCCUUUAAUAAUCAUCUCACCAAAGUGGAUUAUCGUUCGUAAAGAAUUGUUUUCCGUGAGCUGAUCCAGUAACUGAUCCAGCAUGUUGUUCCUGCGGAGGCUGGUGCGUGUAUGCUGUCCCUCGGCACCGGCGGGGAGUGUGUUGGACUCCAGACCGUGUGUGUUCGCCCUCACACUGCUCACACUGCUCCUGCAGGUGGUGGUGGAGGCCAACUCAUGGUGGUCUCUAGCCAUGAACCCUCUGCUGAUCCCUGAGGCCUACAUCAUCGGUGCCCAGCCUCUGUGCAGCCAGCUGGUGGGUCUGUCCCAGGGCCAGAAGAAGCUGUGCCAGCUCUACCAGGACCACAUGCAGUACAUUGGCGAGGGCGCCAAGACGGGCAUCAGGGAGUGUCAGUACCAGUUCAGACACCGCCGGUGGAACUGCAGCACCGUGGACAACUCCUCCGUGUUCGGACGGGUCAUGCAGAUAGGAAGCAGAGAAACAGCGUUUACUUAUGCCAUCAGCGCGGCGGGGGUGGUCAAUGCUGUGAGCAGGGCUUGCAGAGAGGGGGAGCUGUCGAGCUGCGGCUGCAGUCGUGCUGCACGUCCCAAAGACCUGCCUCGUGAUUGGCUGUGGGGCGGCUGCGGGGACAACCUGAACUAUGGCUACAGAUUCUCUAAAGAGUUUGUUGACGCGCGGGAGCGGGAGAAGAGCUAUGCCAAGGGAUCCUUUGAGAGUGCCCGGCUCAUGAUGAACCUACACAAUAACGAGGCUGGACGGAGGACUGUGUCGGACUUGGCCCAUGUCUCCUGUAAGUGCCAUGGUGUGUCGGGCUCCUGCAGUCUGAAAACGUGCUGGCUGCAGCUGGCAGACUUCCGCAAGGUGGGCGAGACCCUGAAGGAGAAGUACGACAGCGCUGCCUCCAUGAAGCUCAACUUGCGUGGCAAGCUGGUGCAGCGGGACAGCAAGUUCAACCCCCCCACCAGCCAUGACCUGGUCUACAUCGAGUCCAGCCCAGACUACUGUCUGUCCAACCAGAGCACAGGCUCCCUGGGUACUGUAGGCAGGCUGUGCAAUAAGACCUCGGAGGGCAUGGAUGGCUGUGAGCUGAUGUGCUGUGGCCGGGGCUAUGACCAGUACAAGGCCCAGAUUGUGGAGCGAUGCCACUGCAAGUUCCACUGGUGCUGCUAUGUCAAGUGCAAGCGCUGCACCAGAACCGUGGACCAGUUCGUCUGCAAGUGAGGAGGAGGAGGAGGAGGAGGAGGAUGGGAAGAGUGUGUGUUCGUGCAAGUGUGCAUGCGUGUGUGUAUCCAGAGAGGCGGAACGAAGGAGGCGAAGAGAGGAAGAAAGAAAAAGAAAAAAACUAUAUAAAUUAUAUUUAUAGAGUUAAACAAUUAUACCGCUGCAGAAGACUGAUAAUUCCUUUCCAUGUCAUAGUUCCAAUGCCUUCUGAAACCGAAAAUACAGUGAAAUAUUUAUUUUCUGAGAUUAUUUUUGCCCGAUCAUCCAAAGCUAAUUUUUAAUUAAUCCCCAGGCCUGGAGGUCAGCAGUCAUUAUUUUUUAAACUUUCAAUAUGACCUAUAACAAGGUUCCCCAAUAGGUGAUUUUAUUUGCCCCCCUUUCUGAGCAAAACAAAAGACAAAUUAUAUAAUUUUCAUUGUUGAAUUUAAGACUGUAAAAUCACUGGGAAAUCAGCGCAAAGUUAUUUUUAAUUUAGGAAAUCUAUUCCCAAGUAUUCCGAUGCAUAAAUAGAGAGAAAUGUGAUUAUAUUCCAAUGUAAUCAGGGUUUGAAAUUAUUCUGUUUUUGCCAAGUACUGUAUCUUUUUUGGAUUCUUGCGGUCAAUUUGCAGUGUAGAAAUGAUUUAUAACUAUGUCUGCCCCCUCGACCAUCCGCUCAAGGAAACAUCAUCCACGGCUGAAUGUAAUUGGGGACCACAGUCCUAUAGCUGAUAUUGGACUAGUCCAUUGGGUCACCAUGACUGUGAAACGGGAGCUUCUCUCACGUUUCAUAACACUAGAUUAGUUAAACGCUGAAUGCCCACAGUCUUAGCUGUUGAAUCUGGGGCUGCCGGUAAGAGGGGAAUGUUUACUUCCAUAUUUAUGUCACUAUAGGGUGGUUAGACCUAAAUCAAACCUCCAUUGAACAUGGUUAAAUCUGUCUCUAUAGGUAGUCAUUGGCCCCAUACUAAACCCCAACGCUCGUCCCUUAUGUUCCAUCCUGUAAUGUAUCCCACAAAGCCUAGAUCUUCCCAGGUGCCCCAGCUAGUCCUCCCAAACACAUUCAGCAUAUGCACUUUGACCCCGAGGCCUUAUCCCGUCUGUAUGAUUUGUUUGUUUUGAGCUACAGUGUCUGUAAUAUACCAUAUUAUAGUCUACUUUCUCCAUAUUAAAACCCAUAUCAACUUAACAUAUAACAUGCUACUUUCAUGGUUUAAAUAUACAGUAUAUGGGCAAUGUUGUGGUCAUGAUGGUGAAAUCCCACAUGUUCUAUAUGGUAUAUAGUAGGUCUAACCAACCAAUCACUUAUUAAAUUGUAUGUAUUUAUUUUCUUUUAUCCAAAUCUCUUAAGCUUCCAGAUAGCGCUGUGGGUUUUUCCUAUUUUAAUAAAUCCAUUUAAAUCCUACACUUUGUUACAUACAAUAUUUUCAGGUUACUUCUCAUUUGUUGUCACAUUUUUAAGGAUAUGUCACAGAUUUAAGUUGGUUCCGUGGCAUUGUUUUUGUAAAUUGCCCUUUGUUCUAAAACACCUGCUCAUUGUGUUACACCUGUCCACGACUUCACAGACGGUUCUCUGCUUGUUGCCACAAACGUGUUAAUAUCCAUCAGCUCCUCCCCACUAGCCUGUGAUCAUCUUCAUUAGAACAUUGUUCCUAUAUGUUAUCAAUCCAAACUGUAUAUUUAUUCUCUUCGCAAUUAAUUGAGAUUUGCAAAACAUAUUUCUUAUAGCUGUUAUUUUGUUUGUUUCUUUUUUAAAUUGGAUCGAUGUGCUACUUUGUUUCAAUAAAUAUUCUACGUAAACCUGCUGAA